AUGUACAACGAGCGCGGAGCCAAUUUUCUCGAGCUAGGCUUCGACUGGUUCGUGCUGGAGAAUUGGAGCGUAGAAUCGGGCGAGUCUCUCCGCGACCAGCACGUCCGCCUUGGCCUCGCGUAUGCACGCCUUGGUCAUCACGACCGUCGGCCGUACAUCCAACGAGCAGCCCACUUCACCUUCGCGCCCCAUGAAGUUCCUCUCCCGAGGCCUGCAAGCGUUGUGCCUCAUGACCUCCUCUCGCCCCAGAAGCGCGAGAUUAAUCGCCACAUCGAGCCGCUCUGGAUCCGCACAGACUAUCGGCCUGGAACCGAUGAGCGGCACGCGCAGCUGCUCGAAGCCACGGGCGACUGCAAAGACGCCGUUCUUGGGCACAACGCCGCCGUCAUGGACAACGCAGCGCGGUACAGCUUCCUUAGCGCCGUAAACGAGCUCGCCGGCAUCCUGGCCUUCGCGCCGGUGCUGGUCGAAUUUCAGGACGCGCUCUACGAGGACGAUGAGGUUGAGUGGGACGAUCCACAGCUGCAAGGAAUGUUCCUGGACGUCCCGGCUUUGACGGACUUGCCGGCAACGCUGAGGGAUAAGGAGAUUGUGCAUCAGCGUGACUUCUACACAAAUCGUGUCCUUCCGGGGAUGCUCCAGGGCAUUAUGGGAUUCAGGUCCAACGGGCUGACGCUGGGGGAGAUGGGCGUGGGAUACCAGGAAGGGCAAGUGGACGUUCGAAAGUUUCAGGGCCAGGUGGGGGACGCGCUGGAGCCUUGGACCCCACCGUCUGCCUGA